AUGAGAGUAGCAAUAAAGGAUACUUGGAGUAUGCAACAGUUGACUAGUGCAUAUGUGCGAGAGUUUGUGAGCUUGCAUGGAGUUACAAAGGAUAUUAUAUCAAUUAGGCUUAUUCAGGAGCACAUGAAAGCAGCUCAAGAUCGACAAAAGGCUUAUGCAGAUCAAAAUAGAAGGGGGAUGGAAUUUGAGGUUGGGGAGAAGGCUUUGCUGAAAGUGUCACCAACAAAGGGAGUCAUGAGAUUUGGUAGGAAAGGAAAGUCGAGUCCGCGUUACAUUAGACCAUGUGAGAUCUUGGAGCGAAUUGGUGAAGUAGCCUAUAGAUUAGCCUUAUUAGUCGAGUUAUCCAAUGUCCAUAACGUCUUUCAUGUGUCUCAGCUUCGAAAAUAUGCCCAUGAUCCUAUCCAUAUCAUUCCACCUGAAGCCAUUCAACUAGAUGAGACUUUAUCCUUUGAACAACACCCAGUUAGGAUCUUUGAUACCAAAACGAGAAGUACCUAA